AUGGCCAGGGUACCAUGGACGGCGUCCAUGCUGUUAGUGCUGAUGCUCUACGCUCCAGGGGUGCUCUCGGAACCCGUCCAGCACCUGUGCGGCUCCCACCUGGUGGACGCGCUCUACUUCGUGUGUGGAGAACGGGGAUUUUAUUACAGUUCGAACCGAAACCACAAGCGGGAUCUGGAGCAUCUGCUGGGGUUCCUGUCUGAAAGGGCCAGACAGGAGCAGCGGCUGUGGAGGGCUUUGUCUGGCCGGGAUGAGCCCAAGGUGAAGAGAGGCAUCGUGGAGCAGUGCUGCCAUAAGCCAUGCAGCAUUUACCACCUGGAGGGCUACUGCGACUGACUCGCCACUCCACGACUAGCACCACUCAUAGCUUGUAAAAAGGUCCCGAAGUCAAUUUCUGGCCCAAUACUUGCUGGCUAUGUCUUAUCAA